AUGACCACACGCCUCACUAUGAUCACACGCCUCACUAUGACCAUGACCACACGCCUCGAUAUGACCAUGACCACACGCCUCACUAUGACCACAUGCCUCACUAUGACCACACGCCCCACUAUGACCACACGCCUCACUAUGACCAUGACCCCACGCCUCACUAUGACCACGCGCCUCAAUAUGAACACACACCACACGCCUCACUAUGACCACACGCCUCACUAUGACCACACGCCUCACUAUGACCACACGCCUCACUAUGACCACACGCCCCACUAUGACCACACGCCUCACUAUGACCAUGACCCCACGCCUCACUAUGACCACACGCCUCACUAUGACCACACGCCUCACUAUGACCACACGCCUCAAUAUGACCACACGCCUCACUAUGACCACACGCAUCAAUAUGACCACACUCCUCACUAUGACCACACGCCUCACUAUGACCACACGCCUCAAUAUGACCACACGCCUCACUAUGACCACACGCCUUGA